GAGUCCUGAUCCAGUUGUGCGCCGGUGAGCCGAUGCUUCGUUGGACAAGAAUGGCUCCACGAGAGGCAACGCUUUUAGGAAUAAUUAUUGUGUUGUCAGGCCACAUUCACUCUGUGUUUACAGCUCAAAUUGGGUAUUUUAUUACAGAUUUAUGUAAAACGUACGGCAGCGGCGUCUUUUAUACCUUUAACAAAACUGCGUUUCAUCUGAAGACAACAUGUCCCGUAACUCUUACGCACUUCAAUCAUGCUGGAGUGGACUGUCACGUCAUCGUCCAGCGAGGACCGAAUGGCCUGAUGGACAGAGUCGAAAUCAUCGUGAAUAAAGUCCCGACCCUCGUCCGCAACAACACCGUGACCGUGGAAGGCAGCAGGAUUUCCCUUCCGUACGAUCACACCUAUCAGCGCGUGUUUCAUUAUGGAAUCUAUACCAGGCUCCAAAGCAAAGUUUUGCCGUUGUCUGUCACGUGGUACAGCGUAGCGGAUGGCGUCAGUUCACUUUGGGUACAACUGAACCUGGAUUUAGUGGAGGGUACGAGUGGACUUUGUGGGUACAGGAACAGCACGGAAACUAUGCUGCAGCUGAUAUCCACCAACGUCUUCUCCGAUGGUCAAUGUCUGACGCAAGACUCUUUUGCACAGACAAACACAGUUUGUAAAAAUCUAUUGUCCCAUGCUUACGAAUGUGUGGCUACUAAAUAUCAAGCCUACCUGAAUCUGUGCUACAAAAAUAUGAAUGGACUGUGGCAUCGGGAAUCGAACUGCUCAUUUUUUAAAGAGCUCUCGCUUAUGUGUGGGAGCUCCAGUCCAUUGUGGUCAGUGUGGAGGUCAAAGAGCAACUGCUCCCAGCCUGUUUGUCCGGGAGACCUGCACUAUGUAGAGAUUGGUCCUGCUUUCCCGCCGACCUGCAGCAACCCACAGAAUUACACAGCGGAGCUCACCGGCACCUGCCUGCCUGCUGAAGGAAAGGUCCUGAAUGACCACGUUUACGGUUACCGUUCCAUUUAUGUGGAGGAAUGCCCAUGUGUGCAUGGAAAGACGAUGUAUGCACCAAGGCAGGAACGCAGAACAAAGUGCCAAACCUGUACCUGUAUCAGUGGAAACUGGGCAUGUUCUGCAAACACAUGUCCAGCCAAGUGUAUUAUUGAGGGCCAGUUUAUCACUACAUUCGAUGGCAAGCGGUAUUCUGUUCUAGAUAGAUGCACCUUUGUGGCUGCAAGGGGGCUUAACUGGACAUUGAACAUUCAAUAUUCUGGGCAAGGUGUUGCCAUAGAAAUGGCAUAUCUUAACAUCAACCGGGAAAGAUAUGCCUUCUCUGCAAACAGCAUGCAACUGAACAACGUAGAAAUCAGCGACCUAUCACAGACUGAGUCUACCACCGUCUUUUGGCAGUCUUCAAUGUUCAUUCAAGUUCAGACUUCAUUUGGCCUGAAAAUGCAAGUUCAAGUCUCUCCAGAAAUUCAAAUUUAUUUGAAUUUGCCACAGGCCGAAAACACUAAAGGUCUCUGUGGAACUUUUAAUAAUGACACAAGCGAUGACUUCACUACUUUCAGUGGCAUCAUAGAAAGUUCGGUUCAGCUUUUUUCCCAGUCAUGGUCAAUGGGCACUUGUACCCCAAUUACUGGAUGCAUCAACACUGACAAUGAGAUAUUUGCUGAAGAGAACUGUGACCAACUCAAAGAUCCAGAAGGAGUGUUUGCUGUGUGUCAUGAUUACGUACCUGUUUCGCCUUUUAUUGAGGCAUGUGUUAAAAAAACAUGCCAGUGCUCGGCUGCAUUGCAGGAAUGCUUAUGUGUCUCCUUUGGCAACUAUGCAAAAGCCUGUGCAAGUCAGGGAAUCGCUGUCGGGGAGUGGAGAUCAGAAACAAACUGCAUUCCUUCGUGCAUGGGCAACCUGAGGUUUGACUAUGCCACGCUGGCGUGUAACCAUACCUGCCGUUCCCUCUCGGGCCCCGAUCCCACCUGUGAGGUGGUGGAUGACCCUGUGGAGGGCUGUGGAUGCACAUCAGACUCUCACCUGAGCAAUCAACAGACCUGCAGCCCUCGUCCGCUGUGCAGCUGCCACCACCCAGGAGGCAUCACGCCUCCAGGUCCCGUGGUUAUCGGUGGACGCCAAUGCUUGUGUGAAAACGGACAACUUCAUUGUCCUAAAGUUUGCAAUUGCACAGUGGGAAAGAUAUGUGUGGAUUGCGCACAAAUACCAGUAAACACAGCUCUCAGGACAUGUGAAAGCUUGACCAAACCUGUAAGUGAUGACAACAGCUGUAUCAGCGGCUGUUAUUGUCCACAUGGCCUUUUUGAAGAUCAUAACGGCGGUUGUGUGGCUCACGAUAACUGCACCUGUGAAUUCAGCGGGAGGGUGUAUGAAACUGGGCAGAGCGUGGAGACCAACUGUAAAAUAUGCACAUGUAGGGGUGGCGAAUGGUCUUGUGUGGAUGAGGCAUGUUCAGGAGUAUGUGAGGUGUUUGGAAAUGGGCAGUAUCGCACCUUUGACUCCAAAUGGUACAGAUUCGAUGGCCACUGUCAGUACACCUUAGUAAAGGACGCUGGUUCUACUGCGCAGUUUGCAGUUAAAACAGAGAGUGUUCCAUGUUGUGACGAGUCUUUGACGUGUUCCCGCGCCAUCUCAGUGGAGCUCUUGGGUGCAGUGACUCUGAUGUUGAGCGACAUGAAGGUAACUGAGAGACUUCAGGCAGGGGGUGCAGUGUUGGCAGAGCCCCUGUACUCCAUCCAAACUGUGGGCCUCUACAUUAUUAUCUCAGCUCCUGGACUGGGGAUCACUAUAAUCUGGGACAAACAUACCAGGGUCACCGUCCAACUACAGCCUCAGUGGAGAGGUCGAGUGUUGGGGCUUUGUGGGAACUUUGAUGGAAAGGUGACAAAUGACCUUCUGACAAGCAGCUCCUCAGAAGUUUUCAGUGUUUUGGACUUUGGGAAUAGUUGGAAGACGGCAACUCCGCCAUGCACAGAUGUAACCCAUGAAAUAUUUCCUUGUGAACGACAAUCCUACUGUGCCGCCUGGGCCCAGCGGCGAUGUAUGAUCCUGAAAUCGGACACCUUUAUAGAUUGCCAUCUUAAGGUGGAUCCAGAGUCUUAUUACCAAGCCUGUGUUUUGGAGUCCUGUUCUUGUGAGUUUGAGGGAAAGUUUCUUGGAUUUUGCACUGCUGUCUCAGCUUACGCAGAGGCAUGCAGUGCAAAGAAUGUCUGUAUCAACUGGAGAACUCCAGAUUUGUGUCCGGUGUAUUGUGACUAUUACAAUGAAGUGGGCCAGUGCACCUGGCAUUACAAUCCCUGUGGCCAGGUUAAGACCUGUGGUACUAAUAUCCUCUUUACAGGAAAACUUGAAGGAUGUUACCCAAAAUGUCCUGAAGAGACCCCAUAUUACGACGAAAACCUAGGUAAAUGCACCAUUCUGGACAACUGCACUUGUAACUUCAUGAACAGAGUGCUAUCACCUCCUGAUGAAAUGUGUAGUUCUUCAACAUGCUGUAAAUGCCUUGAUGGACAAAUUGUCUGCCAUCCUACAUUUACAUCUACAACUACGACUACACUAUAUUAUACAUCAACAUCUCAGCCAUCUACAGCAAUAACCAAUACAGCCACAACACAACUGCCAACAACAGAAUACACAACAAAACCAACAAUUGAGAAGACAACAGAAUACACAACAAAACCACCAACUGAGAAGACAAUAGAAUCCUCUACAACUCCAAUUAAAGACACAACUACAACAGAACUACCAUCAUCUGUGAGCACAACCACAACAGAACCACCAACCUCACAUACUAAGAAAUACACAACACAACUACCAACAACAGAGAGCACAACAGAACACAGAACCACAACACAUGGAACAACAACUGAAAGUACAACAGAACAAUAUACAACUCCAGUUAAAGAAACAACAAAACACAGAACCACAACAACAAUGUCAACAACUGAAAUAACAAUGGAACAAUACACAACACCAAGGGAAGAAACAACAACAACAACACAACCAACACCAGCUAAAAGCACAACAGAACACAGAGCCACAACAAGUUUAUCAACAACUGAAAGUACAACAGAACAAUAUACAACUCCAGUGGAAGAAACAACACCACCACCAACUGAGAGCACAACAGAACACAGAUCCACGACACAUGCAGCAACAACUGAAAGUACAACAGAACAAUAUACAACUCCAGUGGAAGAAACAACACCACCACCAACUGAGAGCACAACAGAACACAGAUCCACAACACAUGCAGCAACAACUGAAAGUACAACAGAACAAUAUACAACUCCAAUGGAAGAAACAACCACAACACAACCACCAUCAACUAAGAGCACAAAAAAACACAGAACCACAACAACAUUGUCAACAAGUGAAAGUACAACAGAACAAUAUACAACUCUAGAGGAAGAAACAACCAAAACACCACCAACUGAGAGUACAGCAGAGCAGAGAACCACAACACGUCUGUCAACAACUGAAAGUACAACAGAACAAUAUACAACUCUAUUUGAAGAAACAACCACAACACAGCAACCACAAACUAAGAGCACAACAGAACACAGAACUACAACAACUUUGUCAACAACUGAAAGUACAACAGAACAAUAUAAAACUCCAGUUGAAGAAACAACACCAACACCAAUUGAGAACACAACAGAGCACAGAACCACAACACGUCUGUCAACAACUGACAGUACAACAGAACAAUAUACAACUCCAAUGGAAGAAACAACUACAACACAACCACAACCAACUGAGAACACAACAGAGCACAGAGCCACAACACCUUCGUCAACAACUGAAAGUACAACAGAACAAUAUACAACUCCAGUGGAAGAAACAACCACAACAACGCCACCAACUGAGAACCCAACAGAGCACAGAACCACAACACAUUUGUCAACAACUGAAAGUACAACAGAACAAUAUACAACUCCAUUUGAAGAAACAACCACAACACAACCAACACCAACUGAGAACACAACAGAACAGAAAACCAUGACACAUCGGUCAACAACUGAAAGCACAACAGAACAGAAUACAACUCAAGUGAGAGAAAAAACUACAACACAAUCACCCACCUCAGGAAGUACAACAGAAUAUACAACACAAACACCAACAAGUGAGAGAACAACUCAACCUGCUACAAAACAAUACACAACUGCAACCACAACUACUGAAGCUACGACUUCAGUAAAAUAUAGCACUUCGGUGUCAACAGUGUCUACAACAGAAAUAAUAAUAGUCACUGGUCCUCCUAUCAUCAGUCUAACUCCAAACUCAUCUCAAGAAGUGCAUACAUCAACUAUUCCUACAACAACAACAACCUCUUUACUGACAUCUGUACUCAGUACUACAAUACCUACCACUGAACACACAACACCAGUGUGUGAGUGCAAAGAUGUGAUGCGAAAUCAAAGCUGGAUGUGCGGAGAUACUUGGAGAGAGGACUGUGCUGAUAAAACCUGUAAUGCUGGAGUGAUUGUGGUAAAAUCCAUUCCCUGUCCAACAUCCACAGACAGGACUGAUUGCCCUAGAAACAUGAAGUCUUUGGUCAGAGAUGAAGAGACUUGCUGUAUGAGCUGGGAGUGUGAUUGCCAGUGUCAGGUUUAUGGAGACCCACACUACAUCUCCUUCCAGGGGAUCACUUUUGACUUCAUGGAUAACUGCACCUACACUCUAGUGGAGGAGCGAGUACUGCAGCAGAGAUUAAGCAUUACUGUAGACAACUACUACUGUGUGCCGGAAAUUGAUAAUUCCUGUUCUAGGGGAAUCACAUUAAAGUACCAGAAUAAUAUUGCCACACUUAUGGUAACAGAGGCAUUUACUGUAGAGUGUACUUUGAACCAGGAGAUUAUAAAAGCACCAUAUGAAGAUCAGGUCUUCAAGUUUGAAAACAGUGAUAGCCAGGUCUUCAUCUACAUCAAGCCUAUCCGUUCCUAUGUUUCUCUUUCACCUUUCAACAAUCUGUUAAUUAACCUAGCAAUGGAGUACUUCCAAAACAACACACAAGGACAGUGUGGUGUCUGUGGUGGGCAGUCGUGUAUACGAAGAGAUGGUGUAAUUGAAGAUGACAACUGCUGUGAUAAGACCGCAUACGACUGGGUAGUAGAAGACCCUCUGAAACCCUACUGCAAAUCUGUGCUCACCAAUGUUCCGUGUGUCCCUCCCCCAUCACUUUCACCUCCACCUCCACCCCCACCUCCGCCACCCUGCCAUCCUACAAUAUGUGACCUACUUCACCACGAAGUGUUUGCGGAGUGUGGUAAAAGGAUCAAUCUUACGUCCAUAGAGAAGAAUUGCAGGUUUGACUACUGUUCAUACAAUAGUAGUGUUGGUGCCUGUUCCUCUCUGGAGUACGCAGCAUCAGAGUGCAAAAGGCUUGGUAUUUGUGUAGACUGGAGAUACCUUACCAGUGGCUCCUGUGAGAUCACAUGUCCAGAAGGAAUGAUGUACAACGAGUGUCGAGAGUCUCCAAAUGAUGUCUGUCAAGGAGGUGUUCGUGUGCCUGCAACUUCUGUGGUUGGUCUGAGAUCAGGCUGCUUUUGUCCAGAUGACCAGAUGCUUGCGGAAACACACAAGCAAAUCUGUGUGUCUGAAUGCACGACCUGUAAAGGGCCAUUGGGUGAGCCCAUGCCGGCGGGAGCAGUAUGGGAAUCAAACUGUCAUAUAUGCACAUGUAAUAACCAGACUAGAACUGAAGAGUGCAUACCCAAACCUCGGGAACCCACUCCAGUCUGCAGCGCUUACUCCAUCCUGGUCUCCGACUGCUGUGACAAUCAGAUUUGCGUUGAGAAGAAAUGCGAGUACAAUGGAAAGACUUAUAUGGUUGGUGAUCGGUGGACAGACCCUUCACGUCCUUGUAAGUCUUUCAGUUGUACAGAGACAGGAACUGAGGUUGAGAAAACCGUGUGUCCAGAGCAAACCUGUGCUGAGGAUUUACGAGUGUGGGAUGAACACCAUUGCUGCUAUUCAUGUAAUGUUACAUGCACUGCCAGACUGACGAGAAUGAACCUCACGAUUGCUAACUGCACACAAGAAGUCGAGCUGCCCACUUGUGAGGGCCAGUGUGAGACACGCAACAGGUGGGUUCAUACUAACGGCACACUUCAGCUCGAACAGAGUCGCCAGUGCUGCAAGGAGAGAAGUAAUGAGAUGAGAGAAAUCGUGCUGACUUGCAAUAAAAACUCUUCAACCCACUUAACAUACAGACACGUCACACGCUGUGAAUGCAGGGUUGCAGGUUAAGUUUACCUGGCAUAUAUAUAAAUGUUAGUUAGAUUCGAUUCAUUUCGGUGCGCGUGAGUUAUACAUGCCAAAUUAAUAAUUAGCUGCUGAUGUGUGGGAUUAUUCAUAGUUUCAAACCAAACAAAUACAUUUCUGCCAUUUGAACUUGCCUGUUCAAGCAAAUCAGCUUCAUUAACUGUCAGUUUGUCUGUGCCAAAUCAAUCUGGUUUAAAUCACUAUUUAGUAAUAAUCACUGUUGUAGUAAGCAAUGCGCAACGUAUUAUUUCAAUGAUUACCUUAAUUUGAUCAGUUUUGUAUUUUUUACUAUAUCGCAUAAUAAUACUAGUGUGUGUCUGUACUUUUAGUGUGAUUUCGCAAACAAAUCAAACGUGUGAUUGUAACCUGAAAUCAGGUGUCAGGGCCUCAAAGGCUUUUGUAAUCCAAUUUAUGGAGUCAUAAUUAAUUAUAAAAAAUCAAUAAUUUAAUAAAAUGUUCAUUUGACCCAUGUGGUAUUUGCUUAUAUAUGCUACUACUACUACUACUAAUCAUAAUAAUAAACCCCUAAGAAUUAUUCA